CCAUGAUAAGGGGUUCCCACCAUCCCUGUGCUGAGUUCCCAGGUCUGUACACCCCCUGUGCCCAUUAUGAGGGGUUCCCACCAUCUCUGUGCUGAGUUCCCGGGUCUGUACACCCGCUGUGCCCAUUAUGAGGGGUUCCCACCAUCUCUGUGCCGAGGUCCCGGGUCUGUACACCCGCUGUGCCCAUUAUGAGGGAGUUCCCACCAUCCCUGUGCUGAGUUCUCGGGUCUGUACACCCGCUGUGCCCAU